AAAGGACCUAGGCGCAGUAACUCUGCUUUCUAAAUGGAUUAAGCUAUAUAUUUGUUUAAUAUGUUACUGCUUUACACAUAAUACAUAAGUCAAAUUCAUAUGUAAGCUAUUUCUGUUCAGUGUUGUUAAAUAGCUGGUUCAUGCAAAUGAAUAGAGGAGAAUUACAUAAUUAUUACGACAAUUAAAGCAUGUUAUUUCUGCUUUUCAUCAUGUUACAGAAACCACAUGUCAGUUCACAGACCUGAAUUCUGAGUGGCUUGCAUUGUGUGUGAAUGGUAAUUAAUAAAGCACCAUUUGAGGAUAUCUCCCUCUUCUACAGUUCUUACCGGACUGUCUGUGGCGAUUGCAAACACAUUCAAGCAACUACACCUGAGAAUUCUUCAAACAUAGGAGGUCCUAAGCUUGGGCUUAUUUAACCAACACCUUCUUCAUCACAAUCAUGAACCUUUCUGAUCACAUCUGAUCACAGUUUCAUUUAAAGUCAGCUUCUUCAUCACUCUGAAGAGGAGAUCUCAACACUUCAGGAGGACCAGGAGACCUGGAGAUGGCUGCAAACCUGAGAAGAAGCGAUAGCAUGAAAUAUCCUCCUGAUCGGUCUGAAUUAAUGAACAAACUCAAAGAACAUUCAGCUUCAUUCAUCAGAGAGUUUGCCAGCAGUGAAUACAGGAUGACACAGAUUGUUGGAGAGUUUAGGGAGAUCACUGAUAAAGACAGAAAGAGGCAGGAGAGAACAGAUAAAUACAGAAUAGCAGGAUAUAUUGCUGCAGGAGUAGGACUAGGAAUAGGACUCCUGUUCCUUGCAGCUCCGCUCACUGGGGGGGCGAGUUUAGCAGUAGCAGCAGCAGUGUUAGCAGUAGUCGCAGGAGGAGCUGUGCUUUAUGGUGUAAAUGAAACAAAAACAAGGAAAGAGAUCGAAAGUGCAAAGAAAGUAGAAGAACUGGGGAAAGACUUCAUGGAGAUCGUUGAACGGCUGAAAAAGGACCUGAAAGAAAUAAAGAGGACGUGUGAGAAGUUGGAGCAAAGAUCAGCUGAACUUCAGGCUGGAAACACUCUGACAGACAUGGAGGACUUCCAGAGGAUUCUUACACCAGAUUCUGAAGAUAAAAGUGAAAGAGAAAUCCCAGUUAUGGAUUAUCUGUGUAGAAGAGUUGUUGAUGACUGUGAAAAGAUGAAGAAAGAACUCAAAGCCUUCACAGAAAAGUAAAGGAAGCAGCAUGCAUUAUUACCAUAACAUGACUUUAUGGACUGAUAUUAUUAUUCAUAUAAUGUGGGUAUUGCAACUCCUUUUAGUUUUGGUUCUUUUAAUAGUUUGGAAAUUUUAUCUUUUAAAAUGAUAUGUGAUAAUCCAAAUUGCAGUGUAAUCAUUUA